AUGGAUGGCGCCGAGGAGCUAAUUUUAUACGGCACUGUCCUGCAGGACCAUUAUUUAGCUAACAGCUUUGUGGUUAUCUACUAUUUAGCUGGUGUCUUCAUUUCGUUUCACACACCAGACAAUCUCCUAUGUAUAACUAGACAUCAAAGGCCAAUAACAACACUUAUUACUACGAUUGCCAAAUACCAAUUACAAGCACAAGCCUCGCCGGCCAGCCAUUCUUUCAGCUACUUACGGCACAUCACCGAUACCGUCAAGUCAAUGGAGAGCAACCGGCGCAAAAAAUCCAAUGCCAGCGCCGUCAUCAUCACAGAGUACGCAAUGCCGUCCCCGCUGGACUGGUUUCAGAUCGGCUUCAUUCUAGCACUGUAUGUCGCGUGGAUAGCGUCUGCAUGGGUAACGCCAGGCGACGCGACAUGGAACCUGCUGGCACGCUACUUUCCCGGCGGCGCUGAAUGGGGGCUCUGGGUCGUUCGCACCGGUGUAUCUCUGGUUGCCCUUGCUCACGCGUUCGAAGUAGUGCUGUUUGACCAGUUGCGCAUGCGGAGACAUGGGGUGAGGCGGUGGUCAGCGCUGUGGUGGACGUGGGAGAUAAGCUGCUUCAUGGAGGGCAUCAGGGUGUGGAACAGGAUUGACAGGGUGAUCGCGAGCAAGAAGAAGGACUAG